AUUUAACAGCAGCCAAACUGAACGAAACGCAUGAUAGCUUAGCAAAUUUAUCAGGAUAAAGGUUGAAUCAAAUCAUUUUUUAUAAAACUUAAGAUAGAAAAGUGCUUCUAUUAACAUUUUUCAUAGUUUACUUUUUUUGUUGUUGUAAAUAUUACUCUUUAUUCACGGCUGAUUUUCUAGAGUGUGUAAAAUCCAAGAUACAUUUGAACGCACCCUGGUGAUGCCGGAAGUAUCUCACAAAGCUAAACCUGACGCCUUUUUGAACUGUUAGACGUGUAGUUAACCCGGAUCAUUUUACGAGCCCCGUGCAAACCUAUAAACGGUGUCUCCAAGCAAUUAAUUCGUCAUUCUGCUUGUCAACAAGCCAGCGAGUGACUUGAGUGGCAUGCUGGACGUGGGGAAAUGGCCAAUGUUUGCCCUCCUCCCGCCUGAGGAACUCUGCCUCAUCCGGCAGGCGUGCGUUUUCGGAAGCGGCGCCAACGAAGCCCUCUAUGUCACCGUUAACGACGAGGUGUUUGCGCUGGGCACCAACUGCAGCAGCUGCCUAGGCGUGGGAGACCUGCAGAGCACCAUAGAGCCGCGUAGGAUCGAUAUCCUCUGCGGCAAGAAGAUCGUUUCCCUCAGCUACGGAACCGGACCGCACGUGGUCAUUGCCACAUCAGAUGGCGAAGUGUACGCAUGGGGCCACAACGGCUACAGUCAGCUGGGUAACGGGACCACCAUCCACGGGUUGAUCCCCGCUUUGGUCUCGACCAACCUGCAGAACAAGAGGGUUACCGAAGUGGCCUGCGGUUCCCACCACACCAUUGCGCUCACCACAGAAGGAGAGGUUUACGCCUGGGGCUACAACAACUCGGGCCAGGUGGGCUCGGGGUCCACCGCCAAUCAGCCCACGCCGCGCCGGGUUAGCAGUUGCCUGCAGAGUAAAGUAGUGGUCAACAUCGCCUGUGGACAGCUCUGCUCCAUGGCCGUGCUGGACAACGGGGAGAUAUACGGUUGGGGCUAUAACUGCAACGGCCAGCUAGGUUUGGGCAACACCGGCAACCAGCAGACGCCCUGCAGAGUCGCGGCUCUUCAGGGAGUCAAGGUUGUCCAGGUAGCUUGCGGCUACGCUCACACACUAGCGCUGACGGACGACGGCUUUAUUUACACGUGGGGAGCCAACUCGUACGGGCAGCUGGGCACGGGCAGUAAAAACAAUUUCUCCCUCGCCACGCUCAUCAGAACAGACAAAGAGAGAAUUGUGGAGGUGGCGGCGUGCCACACCAGCCACACGUCGGCGGCCAAGACACAGAGCGGACAGGUGCUUAUGUGGGGCCAAUGUCGCGGCCAGGUGGUGACCCAACCCCACGCCACGCACUUCAGCUGCACCGAUGACGUCUUCGCCUGCUUCGCCACGCCCGCCGUCACGUGGCGCCUCCUCACUGUCGACGGCGACGACUACCUGACCGUCGCCCAGUCGUUAAAAAAAGAGUUUGACAGCCCGGAGAUCUCCGACCUGAAGUUUCUGGUCGACGGAAAGUGCAUUCAUGUGCAUAAAGCCCUGCUGAAAAUAAGGUGUGAACAUUUCCGCGUGCUGCUCAACGAAACGGAUGAGGACACCAUUGAAAUCCACCAGUUCCCCUUUCUGGUGUACCGGGCCUUUCUGGAGUACCUGUACACGGAUUCCAUCAACCUGCCACCCGAGGACGCUGUAGGCCUGCUGGACCUGGCCACCUUCUACCGGGAGAGAAGACUGAAGAGGCUGUGCCAGGAGACCAUCAAGAGGGGAAUCUGCGAGGAGAACGCAAUCACACUGCUCUCGGCUGCCGUCAAGUAUGACGCACGGGACCUGGAAGAAUUCUGCUUCAAGUUCUGCGUCAAUCACCUAACCUCGGUGACGCAGACCCAAGCCUUCAGCGAGAUGGACCACGACCUGCUCAAGAACUUUAUCAGCAAAGCCAGCCGUCACGGGGCCUUCAGAAACUGACACCGUCCUAAUCAACACGGUAGACCAGAGUAAGACGAUCCCCAGCGGUUCUUCGGAGAUGAACAACUUAGUUCUAUGUCCACGUUUUCACCAGUUUAGUUUGCUAUGCUACAUUAAUCGAUAUUCCACCGUCCAUAAGCUUCCAACUACUGCUAAAGAGGGGCUACCGAAACUGUCUUCCGUAGCCAUUUUAUCUCAUUAUAGGUCACUAAGUAGCGUUCCCAGUUUACAAACCAUCGUAAAUUGUCGUUAUCUCACUGAUUUUUAUUUAAUUUUUUGUCAUCCAUUACCAGACUUUCCCCGUUAUAAUAGUUCGAGCGUCUUUUGCCGCCGAUGGCUUGAUAACAUUAUUUAUUAUGACAAUGAAAAAUCACUUUUGAACCGACACGGAAUUGUUUGUAAAUAGCCUCGGCAACCUUUAUAUACGUGACUAAUAUUACAUUUCAUUGCAACUGAGUCAAGUUUACAAAAAAUAUCUACGACAACAUUUGGGAUUUAACCUGCUUACCGACUCUGAAAAAAGCAAGAAAUUGAAAUUUUACACUGAACCUAGUUGAGUGGAAUUUUGGUAAUAUGUUUAUAAUGUCACAAAACUUGAUAGUCCCCUGUCUUUGCCUCGAAAUGGAAAUGAGCUUUAGUGUCUUGCUUUUAUUUCAGCGCUAACAGCCAUUUUGUUGCCUCCAGCAAUUUCCAUUAAUUCAGAUCAAAGUUGUAGGUUUUCUAUGGGUGUUUAUUAAAUUAGCGCCCCAGCUGGUAUUUUCCUUCGACUACAAGGAACUUUUAAUUUCAAAAUUUUGAGGGGCUUUGUAUUUUCUUAUGUUGAGAUUUUCUGUUCAUUUUAUUUAUGUAUUUUUCACUCUACAAGCCAACUGAGGUUAUCAUGCACCAUCUAGCUAUGGUGUUAUGGUGGGGUGGCUUGGCUCAGUGGUAGAGUAGUUGUCCCCCAACCCAGAGGUUGUGGGUUCGAUUCUUCGCCCUGAUGAACUCACCUAAGUAUCCUUGAGCAAGAUACUGAACCCCACGUUGCUCCUGGUGCUGUGUCACCAGUAGGUGAAUGGCGAGAUAGUGUAAAGCGCUUUGAGCGCCUUGAAAGGUGGAAAAGCGCUAUAUAAGUAUAACACCAUUUAUGAAACCCACCCCUCUGUCCAAUUUUGGCUCUCUACAGCUCCUUUAUCAAAAACUCCAAAGUUAAGGCACUUGUUUCUCAUGGCACCACUGUUUUAGGAGCUACGAAUUCCACGAUCCAACUGUUGUCCCCCUUCCCUUCAUGGUUUCGUUUACAGCUUAAAUGCUGCAUGGUUUAAAAAAAGUGAUAAAACUGCAAAUGUUACAAAAUACUGGCACUUUUUUUUAACACGUUGCACUGUGUUAUCAUGGACUCUAUUAAAGAAUAUGACAUAUUCAGCAUGUCUGCUGUUUACUGGAAGGGGCAUUCCAUGUCAACUGUACUCAACGGUUUGACACACCAUCGCUGUUUUUGAUGAAAGUAGGUGUGAUGGUUGUCCCUUCUAGAAAAAACUCACCCGGCAAAGGCAUAAUAUAUACAAAUAUGUAACUGCUCUGAACUGUGCUAGCGAAGCUAUCCAUCCCCCUUGACCAGGUCGGGACUCGAACUGCGCCCAUUGCGGCAGAAGAGCACAAUAGUCACUUAGCUAAAGGCCCAGGCUAGCAGCUUUUGCUGCUAGCGUGCUUGAUUGAAGGCAUCGGGAGGGAGGUUUCAACGGCAUACAUCACACCUACUUUCACCAAUUACAUAUACCUAUUGCGGAAAACACAGACAAGACUGAAGAAGCAGUUUCUGCUUUUGCACUCCUCUUUAAAAGAAACUGCUGUAUUGUUAGCCAAAACAACUGUGGUGUUUGAUAGAACAAUCUGUCUAUGUGCUGCCAUAGCAGAUGUAUGGCGCAUUAAGCCCCUGAACUAUUUUGAAUUUGUCCGUUUUACCCCAGAAACCCCCGUUUACAGACGUCACGCAACCGCUUUAGUUUCAACCCAGCCAUAAAACGAAGGUCAUUAAUAAGAUUUAUUAUUCAAAAUGUCUGUCGUUUUUAGCUUAGAAUCAUUAAUUGAUGUCUUAUAUUUCAUUAAAAAAAAAAAAAAAAAAAAAGACUUUAAAAGAUGAUUUACUCGCAUAUUUUAAACUUUUAAACAAAUAACGUCACAAUGGAAAAAAUGGUGUCUGUAAAAAAGUCUCGGAUAUCUAUCUCAUAACUAUGGCUUCAUUGUAUUUUUUUGUUUUUUUGUUUCAGUCGCAUUUUCUCCGAAAUGUUAGAUGAUAAUAAUCCAUCCAAACAAAGAAAAAUUGAAAAAAAAAAUUUAAAAGGGUAAAUAUAUGAAAAAGAAAAUCUUGACCACUCCUUGAUGUCUGCAAUUUCUGCAUCGCGGCCCUUGUUAUAUGAGCAUGUUUCACCAAUAAAAUCCCCAAAAAAUCCAGCUGUGGCCACACACAGCUGUGUCUUGACACUCAUUGAUACAGGCUACAUGGAGUUUUUUGAUCGAAACAAGGUAAGUACAUGAUAAUAUUUCGUUAAAGUCAUGGCGUCUGUAAUUCUGCUCUCGCGUGCUCUUACCUGCAGAUAGGGUUUUGCUGUUUAAAACCCCUUUUUUUUUUUUUUUUUUAAAUGCCCUACUGCCCAAAAUGUUUCUUCCCCCAUAAAAUUGAGAUUUUAAGCUUUCCAAUGAUGUAUCACACAUACAUAUCGGACAAUUUAGAAAUUUGGCCAAAUUGGGGGUCUCAAAGCGGAACUUCAGGUCACCUGAGUGUUUUCCGCCAUAUAUAUAUUUAUAUAUAUCAAAUUGAUUCUGAGAUAUAUUGCAAUAUUACGUCACGCAAUUCUCGUAUCAAUUCAAAAUCAGUUUGUAUCGAUCCUUACUUGUGUUUUUGGUGGAAAUAAACAAUCCAGUGGUUGCACUUCGACUCUUGUCCAGUAGUUGGCAGCGCAAGGGGGCAUUGCCUUGCCUCAAGUGUUUUAUUGUUAAAAUGCGAGUCGUUUUGAACAUAAGUAUACAUGUGUGUGUGUAACAGCUUUACAAACUGUCAAAAGUGAAGGAAAAUGCUUCAAAAAGCACAAUUGCAUUGUUUGCUGUCUGUAAAGCUUCAAACUUCACGUUUUUGGACUUCAAAAAAAUGAAAACAACUGGAGAUAAAAUUGCGGACAAGACCAAACAAACAAACAUACAAACAAAAGUUCCAUUUGUUUCAUUUGUCUUGUACAUUUUCUGUUUUCAAGAUAUGGCCUUUAGUUAUUUGUCAUGAAGUUUGGAUGUCUUCCUCGGUUUACCAGUAUGCUUAAAUUUAACAACCUUGCCAUGCUGUUUGUACUUGGUCCAGAUUUAUGAUACAGCUGACUGUGAACAGCCCACAUCUUUGGCAACCAUACAUGUAGCGUUGCCUUCUUCAAGAAGUUUGCUAAUCCUCUUGUUGGAGCCAUGAUUGUUGUGAAUCCACUUGGUCCAGCAGCCCUCCAAUGUGUGAUAACUAGAGCUGGGAAUCUUUGGGCACCUAACGAUUCGAUUACGAUUAAAUUAUAAAACGAUUAUUGAUCCACACCCCUCCCUUUUUUUUUUUUUUUUUUUAAUGUUUUAUUCAUUAGUUCCAAAAUUGUUAAAAAAAAUCCUCUCAGGCUAAACCAAACUACUAUUUCAGUAUCAAGUUAGCAUAUAACAGUAAACAAAUAUACAAAAAUAAGAGUAAAUAAAAUACUCCAGUCCCCAUUCUGUAUCAGCAGCUUUAAACUACAUUCAAUUAAUUUAAUGUUGUGAAUCAACUCUUACAGUUGAUAAAAUUGCUCCCGUUAUUCCAUAAUUUCCCUUCUGUCUACUUUUGUCAAAGUUUUAAAACUAUUUCAUCAUUUAAAGAUAGAUUCAAGACUGGAUUCUGCCGAUUUAGGAUUAUUUUAGAUAAAAAGUUAAUUAGGUUCACUACAACAGAGCCUUCGAGAAAAGUCACUGCUUUAGUACUGCUUUAACAUGGUGGCUGUUUACUAACACCGGAAAGUCUGUCAUUUCGCAUCUCGGUUCAAUAAUACAGUGGUACCUCUACAUACGAAGUUAAUCCGUUCCAGGACCUUGUUUGUAAGUCGAAAUGGUCGUAUGUCGAGCAGGAUUUUCCCAUAGGAAUACAUUAUAAUUCCAUUAAUUCGUUCCACAGCCCAAAAACCUUCACUAAAUCCUUAAAAAAUACUGCUGGUACUGUUACAAAUGGCAAUUACACAUAGCAAAACAAAUAAAUUAUAAAUCAAAAUCGGAAUAAUAAUAAUAAUAAUAAUAAUAAUUCCUGUAUUAAUGUAACGAAUCGAGUUCUAAUGUGGCGGACGUUUUUUGCUGACCCUGAACGCACCGCGGUGCUGACGUGCCAGAGGCAGACCGGUGAGCUUGAGUUUCACUUUCACUUUGAAUGUUUUCUUAACACCGUCAAUUGCGGCAGACAGAAGGUGUUUUUGUUUUGAAUAAGUUGUGAAAUAAAUGAUAAAAACGUGGCGAAGUUGGCAAUUUCUCUGGAGAUGUUACCACAAUAAGAAUUGUCAGCUUAACUUAUAAAGACUGGCGAACGAUGGUCGGAGGAGGACCGUGGAGAUGUAUUGUUGAGCCAUUUCACGGAUGCCCACCCUACAUUCAUAUUUUUCUGUCAUUUGCAUCUUCAUGUAGAAGGUAAGCGUCAACUUUUUCCUUGUUUCACCACCUGUACCAACCUUUUCUGAAACCAGUGUUGAUUUGUCACACAAGAAAAUCCGCCGUGCAUUCGUCUGCGGUGCUGCCAUUGUCGUCGUAUUUCGAGCAUGUCGUCGGAUGUAGAAACAAAUGGCGAGUCAAAUUUUACGUCGGAUGUCGAAAAGUUCGUGUGUCGAAGCGAUCGUAUGUAGAGGUACCACUGUACAUGUUCUAACACCGCCGUCGUCUGUCAUUUUGCAUCUAGUUCUACAUAUAUAUGAUAUCUGCUGUAGCCGUAUGUUCAUAGCAACUAGCAACUGGGCGUUAUUUGUAGCGGCUGCCGGCCGCAGUCAGGUAUGAUUGUUUUUUUAUCUAGCGGCAUGAGUUGAACAUGAUAUUUACUCUCGGUCCGUUCCUCAUUGCGUCCUAAAGACCGUGCUGACUGUGUUUUGCUUCCGUUUUACCUGGUAUAAUUCAAUAAUGGGAAUUUGGAUGUUUGUGAAUCGUUCUCGAAUCUUCCACGGCCGAAUCGCGAAUAAUCUAAGAAUUGGAAAUUUUGCACGCCUCUAGUGAUAACUGCAGUGUUUUUAAACUGCUGACUAACGGGCAGAUUUAAUCUGAGGCAGGGGCCCAAUUAAGGAAAGGAAAUUGACUGGAUGUGUGUGUAUUUUCUACUCAAAAUGGAGUGAUUCCAUAUUUUUUUCCUCAGAAAUGAGUGAUUCUAUAUUUCCCUCCACUUGCUCUACAAUGUUUUUUUUAUUCACUUCUUUAAGUGUUUCUGAAUGCCAAGGAGUUGCACUUUUGAACUAAGUCAUUAUUUUUUCAAGCUUUUUAUCUGAAUUUUUCUAUAUAAU